AUGGCAUCAGUGUACAAGUCCCUCUCCAAGGCUGGCGGUCGCAAGGCCGAGGCUCCAGCGAAUGGCGUCAAGAAGAACAAGCAGAGAGUUCUCAUUCUCUCGUCCCGCGGAGUAACUUAUAGACACCGCCAUCUCCUCAGCGAUUUGGCAAACAUGAUGCCUCAUGGCCGCAAGGAUGCCAAGUUCGACUCCAAGAGCAAGCUCUACCAGCUGAACGAGCUCGCCGAAUUGUACAACUGCAACAACUGCCUGUUUUUCGAAGCGCGAAAGGGCCAAGAUCUGUACCUGUGGUGUAGCAAGGUGCCCAACGGCCCGACCGUAAAGUUCCACGCCCAGAACCUGCACACGAUGGAUGAGUUGAAUUUUACCGGCAACUGUCUCAAGGGCUCGAGGCCCGUCCUCAGCUUCGACAAUGCGUUUGACGAGCAACCCUACCUCAAGGUGAUCAAGGAGCUGUUUCUGCACACAUUUGGCGUCCCGCAGGGCGCACGAAAGUCGAAGCCGUUCAUUGACCGGGUCAUGGGAUUCUCUUUCGUCGACGGCAAGGUCUGGGUCCGCAACUACCAGAUCAACGAGGUGGAGGCGUCCAAGGUCAAGGAGGGCGAGGAGGGAGAGGAGAAGGAGGCCGCUUCAUCCAAGGGCAGCAAGAGCAAGGAGACGGACAUUGGCCUCGUCGAGAUUGGUCCCCGCUUCGUCCUGACCCCCAUCAUCAUCCAGGAGGGCAGCUUUGGCGGACCGAUCCUGUACGAGAACAAGGAGUUCGUGUCGCCGAACCAGGUCAGAGCCGACUUGCGCAAGAAGACUGCCAGCAAACACAAUGCCCGCGCCGAGCAGUACGUCGAGAGGCUGGCCAAGAAGGGCGACCUGGGUCUGCGGACGAACGGAGGCAAGGAGGUGGCUCCUGAUGCGCUCGACACGAGACAGUUGUUUGCUUAA